AUGGCAGCUUUUGAAAGCAGGGCAAUCCCCUGGAUGCUGGAUCUCAUGGAGCAAACAGUGGCUGAAGCGGGGGGCCUGGCAGAUGACCCAGAGCACACGCCCUCCACGCCUGAAUGGUCACAGCGGGACCUGGAGCGAGCUGAGAACGUCAAGUUCUGCCGCCAGUACCUCGUUUUCCACGAUGGCCAGUCCAUCGUGUACUCGGGGCCUGCGGGGACCUGCUCCGAGAUCAAGGACGAGCUGCUGAGCAGGGAGUCCCCCAGUGGCACACUGAAGGCUGUCCUGCGCAAGGCCCAAAGCAAGGACAAGGAGAAGCAGUUUCUGGAGGUCUGGGAUCAGAACCGCAAGGUGAAGAGCAUCGACUUAACGGCUCUGGACAAGCACGGCAGUGUCUACGAUGACGAUCAGUUUGGCUGCCUGGCCUGGUCUCACUCAGAGACUCACCUGCUCUAUGUGGCUGAGAAGAAGCGGCCCAAGGCUGAGUCCUUCUUCCAGAGCAAAGCGCCCGAGCUGGGCAGCUCUGCUGAAGAGGACCUGGGGCACCCAAAGAAGCAGGAUGCACCCAUCAAGGGCGAGCAGUUCGUGUACCACGAGGACUGGGGAGAGACACUGAGUACCCGCAGUGUGCCUGUCCUCUGCGUGCUGGACAUUGAAGGAAGCAGUAUCUCUGUGCUGGAGGGUAUCCCAGAGCACGUCUCCCCUGGGCAGGCCUUCUGGUCCCCCAGUGACACUGGCGUGGUGUUCGUGGGCUGGUGGCACGAGCCUCGGGCCCAUCUCUCCCCUUGCAGGUCAGCGCUAUUCUAUGUGGACCUCACAGGCGGGAGAUGUGAGCUGCUCUCCGAAGACACCAAGGCCACGUGGUCCCCGCGACUCAGCCCCGACCAGUGCCGCAUUGCCUACCUGGAGAACAGUGCCCUAGGCCCCCACCAGCAGUGCAGCCGGCUUCGCAUGUACGACUGGUACACCAAACGCACCUGCACUGUGCUCGAGGCUGUGUCCCGGCAGACGUGGGGUGCUUUCCCCGGCAUCUACUGCAGCGCUCUGCCGGGGCUGUGCUGGGCAGCCGACAGCCAGAGGCUCGUGUUGGACACUGCCCAGCGCAGCCAGCAGGACCUGUUUGUGGUGGACACACUGUCGGGCACCGUGACCUCACUGACAGCUGAUGCUCCCCAGGGGAGCUGGUCUCUCCUCACCAUUGACCGGGACCUCCUGGUGGCCAGGUUCUCCACCCCUAGCUGCCCCCCCAAGCUGAAAGUGGCUCUCUUGCCCAGUGCGGGCCAGGAGGCCCAGGUGCAGUGGGUCUGCCUGCAAGACGUGCCCCCAGUGCCCGGCAUCACCUGGGCUGUGCGCACCCUGCAGCCUCUGCCAGAGCAGGACAACCCGCAGUACGGGGGCCUGGAUUUUGAUGCCAUCCUGCUGCGGCCACGUGAGGGCCCCACAGCCCAGAAACCCCCACUGGUUGUAAUGCCACAUGGGGGUCCCCACACUGUCUUUGCAGCCGGAUGGAUGCUGUACCCAGCUGUGCUCUGCUGCAUGGGCUUUGCUGUGCUCCUGGUGAAUUACCGUGGCUCGCUGGGCUUCGGCCAGGACAGUGUGGCCUCCCUGCCAGGCAACGUGGGCACACAGGACGUGAAGGAUGUGCAGCUCUGUGUGGAGCGGGUGCUGCAGGAGGAGAUGCUGGACUCUGCCCGGGUGGCGCUGGUGGGUGGCUCGCAUGGAGGCUUCUUGGCAUGCCACCUCAUCGGGCAGUUCCCCAACACCUACCAGGCCUGUGUGGUCCGCAACCCCGUGGUGAACAUCGCCUCCAUGGUCACCGCUACCGACAUCCCCGACUGGUGCCUGACAGAGACGGGGCUGCCCUAUGCGCCUGAUGCCCUGCCCGACCCAGCCCACUUGACGGAGAUGCUGCGCAAGUCGCCCAUGUGCUAUGUUGACCGGGUCCACGUGCCCGUGCUGCUGAUGCUGGGGGAGGAUGACCGGCGCGUGCCCCCGAGCCAGGGGCUAGAGUAUUACCGUGCUCUCAAGGCCCGGGGCAUCCCCACGCGGCUGCUCUGGUACCCAGACAACAACCAUGCUCUGGCUGGAGUCGAGGCUGAAGCCGAUGGUUUCAUGAACAUGGCACUGUGGCUGCUCAAACACCUGCAGUGCUAAAGACACUGGCCCCCUGGAGCUGCAACCCCCCCAAUAAAAAGUGCUGCUCAGCCAGCACAGGUGUCAUCUCCGA